GUGGGAGGUUCAGUCUUAAAUCGUCGCUCGCGAUCGUCGGAUGUGAUUUAAGUAACGUCACCGUGCUUCGUUAUUCAGUUAAACCAGACAAAAAAAAAUCGUUGAAACUCAGAAUCAGUCUGUCGACAGUUAAAAUCUCGGUGAAAGAAGAAGUUUUGUGAAAUGAAACAACUCCUCGUGGUGAUUGCCUUGGUGGCAACUUUGGCCGGCUUUGGCCACGCUCAGGGCAACAAUCGAAAGUGUGCCGCCAAUGGAGAAUAUUGUCAAAUUGCCAGCGAUUGUUGUUCCGGAAGUUGUUUGAGCUUUUCGUACAAGUGUGUUCCGGUGCCUCCGGGCCCUGUCGUGGGAGUGACGCUGGUUCCGGAACCGAUCGAUACCGCCAAUCGGUUCGGCGAAGAUGGCGACACACAGAAGACCUGCGCCAAGAAUGGUGAAUAUUGUCAAACCCACUCCGAUUGUUGCUCGUCAAGUUGUCUGACAUUUUCGUACAAGUGUGUCCCGCUGAAUCCUCCGGCCCCGGGAACCGAACUCAGCUCAUGGCCAUCGCCGGUGCAACAACCUCCCCCAGCAGCUAGCAAACCGACCUCCGGCUCAAACUCAGGCUCUAGUUCAACCGGCGAUCUUGGCAACCGUGUGGGCGAAGAUCAGCCUGGCAGCACUGCUUCGAUCAACUACAUCACUUCGCCUCCUAAACGUUGCGCUGCGAUUGGAGAAUACUGCCAAACAUCAUCGGAUUGUUGCUCGGGGGCUUGCCUUAGCACCCGCUACAAGUGUGUGUCAUCCGGAUCGGGUCCAGCAGAUCAACCCGCACCCACCAAUAACAACAAUAACAACAACAAUGGAGAGGAUGUCGGCAAUCGGUUCGAUGGAUCCACCGACACCACGACUCCUCGCAAAUGUGCCGCCGUUGGCGAAUAUUGCCUGGUUGCAUCGGAUUGUUGUUCGCUUAGCUGUCUCAGCUUCAAGUAUCAGUGUGUGAACAACUAUCCCCUAAGUGGCCAGUCGGUUCAACAAAGUUCUUCGACGUUCACGGAAAAUCGUUUUGGCGGUAGCAACAGCGGCAACAACAAUCGACAGUGCACUGCCAAUGGAAAAUACUGCUUCCACGGAGGCGAGUGCUGUUCGGGAGCCUGUUACAAAUCGUUCUGCGCCACUCAGAUCCAGCUGGGAGUUCCGGAAUCGGUCCUAACCGACCCGGCCAUUGCCGGAGGUCCCCGAGUGCAGGUCAACAGUGUGGACGAGCUGAUUACGCGUUUUGGCGGCGGCGGAGGAGCCCAGGUUGCCGAUUCGAGUGCCUCCGCAUCCGGCCAUCGGGCCAACAUCGCCACCCGGAAUGGGGCCCUCGGCAAGCAGUGCGUCGUCGUUGGCGAGGGGUGUUCGCGACAUGAGGACUGCUGCUCGACAAGGUGUCAUUCGUAUCGACGCAAGUGUGUAACUUAGGCUUGACAUUUUUUUCUGGAAUGGACACAAAAAAGGAAGAACAGAGCUAAUACUGUCCACCACAAAGAUACACACAUUCGUGCAUCUUGGACGUGGUCCCUUAACACUUUAUUUUGAUUUCGUACCAAUCCAAUGGCAGUCAAAAGUCUGUGUGUAACUUAUUUUAACACAUUUCUGCUUGUCAUCCAAUCAUUCCCAAUUACUUUUUGCUUAGAUUUUAAAUUCUUUAGUCUGUAAGUUUGAGCAUCAUGUAGAAGCUGUGAUGAUAAAACAAAAACGAUCCUUUGUGAAUGAGCGAAGAGAUAAAAGUGACUGAUGGUAUUGGUCCAAUUAUGGACCGAUGCAUAAAAGGUAGGCAAAAUAAAGAGAAUUGACAAAAA